AUAGUGCUAGAAAUAAAAUAAAAUGACACCAAAUGAUGCAACUUUCCAAGUCCCUUUACUUCAAAUGCUCGACCUGGCAUUAGGAACACCAGAAGUAGGAUCAGUAAAUUUUAAUAUUCUACACAACUUUCUUUAUAUUCUAUUACGUCAGACAAGUUUAAAUAAUGUCAAAGCAGAAUAUCGAGGAGAUGAUGCAGCUAGAAUAAAAGCUAUGGUUGCAUCUUUGAAAGAUGGUUCAAAUUUUUAUCUCCAUGAAAGUGAUAUUAUUGACACGGAUGGAAACAUUGUACAGGGAGAUUAUGUUUCUGACGAAGCAGUUGUCACAGUAAAUUUUUCUACCAUUGAUGAUCAAAUUCCACAAAAGAAUAGUGAAGUUGAAGAUAAUAUUGUUGAUGCUCCAAAGACGAGAACAGUUGUAAAUGUUCAGCCAGCUGAUAAAGCAGAUAAUGAUCAACAAUCUGUGGAUGAAGAUUUAUAUAAGAAAAUUCAUCAAAUGAAUAAACGAAUUACUGAUUUAGAAAUAAAUUUCGAGUAUAUUCUUGAUGAUGUAACAAACCUUCGAGAAAUUAUCAGUGCAUCUCAGCCAGCUGAACUUGAACCAUCAAUGCUUCCAGAGGCAAAAUCAUUAUUCAAUGAAUCUGAUUAUAAUGAAAAAUUUCACCAAGAAAAAAUAUGGGCAGAAGAAAAUACAGAAGAAGAAGAUAUAGAAGAUAAUAAAGCAGAUGAAGGAGACAAUGAUGAGGAAAAUAAACAAUUUAAAGAUUUUAGUGAUGAUAAGAUAUUAAUUGAAGAACAAAGGGAUGAUAUUAAAUCAUCAGUUUAUGCCAGCAAGGUCUCUGGUUUAACAACAGCUAGCUUAGCAGCAAGCAAAAUAUCCCAACAAUUUUCAAAAAGCUUUAACUAUGCGGGGCAGUUAAAUAAUCUAAAAGAAGAAGUAUCAUCUUUAAAAAAUGACAUGGCAAAAAUAAUGCAGGAUGUUGCAGAAAUUCGUUAUCAUGUCGACCAACUAGUAGUUGAUAAAGAAGAAAUUGCAGAGAAAGCAGCAGAAAAAGAAGCUGUUAGUCGUGAUAUCAUUGAUGUGAUUGAAAUACAAUCUGUAGGACAAGUAUCUUCAGAUAUUCCUCAAACAGUUGAUGAAGCAGAGACUUUUAUUGAGGAAGUAGAUGUUUUUAGUGUAGAAAGUCUUCCGAAUUCCGAAAUACUAGCUGAGGAUCAAUCAGAAUAUAGUGAUGGUAGAAAAAGUAGCAAAAAACUUGUCUCAACUGUUUCGACAUUAAGCAAACCAGGUAAAGACUCGACAAAUGAUGAUGAAACAUUAAAGGAUUUCAAAGAUGAAAAAAAAUCAUUAAUUGCAAUGAUCGAGAAGGUGCAAAAUAAGCACGAAGAAGAUUUCAAAAAAAUUGAUUCUCGUGUCAAGGUGUUAGAACAAAUGUUAAACUUUGAUGGAUUCGAAGGAAUUAAAGGAAUGAAAGAUGUUGUACAAAAUAUCAAAAAUAUUGAAAUUGAUAUUGAAAGAAUGAAUUGGACUAUUGAAAAUUUGAAUAAAGAAAAGGAAUCACGUGAUAAAAAUAUGGAUAUUUUAACUGAGCAAGUGGAGCUACUUAAAAUCAUGAAAGCGGAUAGAGAAGACCUAGAAGAUGCGUUAGCCAGCAAAGCUGAUGCUACAGUUGUUGAUAGAAAGGUCUCAUAUAAUCGCUUUGAUACUGCAUAUGAAGAGCUCACUAAUGCUUUGGAAGAUACAAUAUUGAAAUCAAAUCAACAAGAAACUGCAUUGAAAGAAACACUAAAUACUGUUCAGCAAGAAAUUGAUAACAAAUUGGAUAAAACAGAGGUAUCUCCUAUCCAAGAAUAUAUGGAAGAAAAACUCCAGGCAUUGCAAGAUAAACUCAAACAAUUGAAUAUGAAAAAACGUGAAAGUGAAGCAGCAGGAGCUAAAAAAAUAUUAACAGGUCUUCAAUGCAUUACUUGCGAUAGAGAUGUAAUCAUGAAAAGAGAACAAAAUGCGCUAGAUUAUGCAGAUCCAAUGCCUUAUCGUAAAAUGAUUAAGCCUUAUUUGACAUAUAAAUUGGAUCAAACGAGGAAACACCCGAGACGAUUUCCAGCUAAACACAUAAACCUAUUUACUGCCGCAGUUCAAGACAUGAACAAACAUAAGUUUUUGUCACAUGAUAUCAUGGAAAAAUCGUCUAGAGAUCAUUUUAGUAAUCGAUAUUGUGGAGGUAGUCACACCAUUACAACACCACAGCAGAGAGUUAUGAGAAUGGGUCAUUUUCUUACGGAUUGGGGUCCAGAAAUAAUUCAAUUAAACAAAGGCACUGUACGAGGAGCUGAUGGGCAACUUUAUCAUUGCAGACCUAUGCCACCUGGUACAACUAAUGUGCCUAAAGUAUGUGGACUUGAUGAAAAUGUAUGUUGUAAUCUCGUUGACAAAUCAGAAAAUUUCCAAGGUUAA